UUCAUUUAAUUAUACGCGGAAUGGCAUUCAACCGCCUUGCGCUCGCCGUCGCGCUCCUCGCCGUCGCCGCGAGCGCCGCAGUAAUCUCGGCGACGUGGCUCGACCAAGUCCCGCGCGAGAUCGCGAGCAAACUCGAUUCCAGCAGCAACGCCACCGCCAGGUUCGCCACCGACUACGGUAGCGUCACCAGCGCGCCGCCUCCGGCGGCCGUGCUCCGCCCCUCGUCGGUGGAGGACAUCGCGGUGCUCCUCCGCUUUGUGCACGGCGUUGAGACUCGGGUGCCCGUCGCCGCCCGCGGCAACGGGCACUCCGUCCACGGGCAGGCCUUCGCGCCCGACGGUGUGGUCAUCGACAUGGCGGCGCUCGGCGACAGCGGCAGGAGGCGACGGAUCAAUGUGUCGACGGAGGGCAUGUACGUGGACGCCGGCGGAGAGCAUCUGUGGAUCGAGGUGCUGGAGGAGACGCUGAAACUAGGGUUGUCGCCGCCAUCGUGGACGGACUACUUGUACUUGACCGUCGGAGGCACGUUGUCGAACGCCGGCAUCGGCGGGCAGGUUUUCCGGCACGGCCCGCAGAUCUCCACCGUCUACGAAUUGGACGUCCUAACUGGACAAGGUGAACUAAUAACGUGCUCGGGCGAGUCGAAUCAAGAUUUGUUCUAUGGAGCCCUUGGCGGGCUCGGUCAGCUCGGGAUCAUCACUCGGGCCCGCAUUGCUCUCCGACCGGCACCGGCACGGGUCCGAUGGCUGAGGCUAUUCUAUACUGACUUAGGCAACUUUACCAAGGAUCAAGAGUUGUUGAUUUCCAAACCUGACCCGAUCGGGUUCGACUACGUAGAGGGGGAGGUCAUGCUAAACCAUCAAUCAGUCGACAACUCCACAUUCUACUCGAACCAGGCAGUCGAGAGCAUCAACCGGCUGGCGGCCGAGUUCGACACGCUCUACUUUUUGGAAGGAGCCAUGUACUAUGACUCAAACACUGUAGCAGACCAGAAAAUCGAAGGCCUGCUGGGAGAGCUAAACUUUGUCCCUGGCUUCAACUUCAGCAACGACGUGACUUACCUCGAGUUCCUCGACAGAGUCCACAUCGAGAUACAAAGAGUAGAAGGCAACUCCACCAGCAGUACUCGUGUUUUUCAUCCUUGGCUCAAUCUCUUCCUACCCAAGUCCAGAGUCAGGGACUUCCAAAUCGGAGUCUUCCAAGGGAUCCUUCACAACAUCAACCCCACAGGCCUCGUACUUCUCUACCCCAUGAACAAGAACAGGUGGAAUGAUCUCAUGACUGCCACGGUGCCUGAUGAGGAGGUCUUCUAUGUUGUAGGGUUCCUUUGGACUGCAGCCACAGUGGAGGACUGGAGAAGCUUUGGUGCCCUAAAUGAUGAAGUGUUAGGGUUCUGCCAGCAGCAUGGGAUCGAGGUGAAGCAGUAUCUGCCUCAGUACACGUCGCAGGGAGACUGGGAGAGGCAUUUUGGGUCAGUGAAGUGGGAAAAGUUUGUUCAGUUGAAGAGGAGAUAUGACCCCAAGGCACUGCUGGCUCCAGGGCAACACAUAUUUGCAGUGUAAUAAUUAAUUAAAACACUAGGACGCAAGAACAUAAUAAUGCAUGCAUGCAUUUGCAUGCAAAGAUCUAGCUAUAUAGUUAGUAUAGCUAAAUGAAUUUAGGUUUCUACUUCUAGGGAAGAUUUCUAUUGUUUGGUGGGAUCUUGUUUUCAUGAUCAAUAAUAAAAGGAAGACUU